CUCUGUAACCUUGUAUGUUGCUCUACAUCAGGGAUUCUUUUUAAAACAGUUCACAUAUAUUUGUAAAUUUGAAGUAACCGCAUCAUGUCUAUGGCUGCAGAGGCGUUUGUGUCCCAGAUAGCAGCUGCGGAGCCGUGGCCUGAGAACGCAACGCUGUACCAGCCUCUGAAAGAUGACCAAAUACUCCUGUCAGAUUGUGCCUCCUCCCUCGCCGUCCAGGCGUACCUGCGGAUGUGCAAUCUGCCGGUCCAAGUGUCCUGCCGGGCCAAUGCCGAGUACAUGUCCCCAUCUGGUAAAGUACCCUUCAUACAGGUUGGAAAUCAAGUUAUAUCGGAACUGGGGCCGAUAGUCCAGUUUACCAAGGCGAAGGGCCACUCUCUCAGCGACGGGCUGGCCGAUGUAGAGAGGGCCGAGAUGAAGGCCUACAUGGAGCUGGUCAACAACAUGCUGCUGACGGCUGAGUUGUACAUCCAGUGGUGUGAUGAGAGCACGGCGGCGGAGAUCACGAGGCCGAGGUACAGCAGUCCGUACUCUUGGCCGCUGAACCAUAUCCUGGCCUAUCAGAAGCAGUGGGAAGUGAGGCGGAAGAUGAAGGCCAUUGGCUGGGGAGGAAAAAACCUCGAACAGGUCUAUGAAGAUGUGAGCCAGUGCUGUCAGGCCUUAUCUCAGAGACUCGGGACCCAGCCCUACUUCUUCAACAAACACCCCACUGAACUGGAUGCCCUGGUUUUCGGGCACCUGUUCACCAUCCUGACCACCCAGCUGACCAGCGACGAACUGAGCAGGAGGAUCAAGAACUACAGCAACCUACUGUCCUUCUGCCGACGCGUCGAGCAGAACUACUUCGAGGAGCACGACAGGGACAGCGUGGCCAGCUCCUCGUCCCGCUUCUCCAAAGGCCCCUCUCUCUGACCCCCACCCCUCCCUCCAAACUCCUUCCCACAUUCCCAACACAAGCCCUCAAAUCGACAAACCGGGUACAUGUCUGAUUUUGCCGAAGCUUCUGUUAGAUGUAAAAACUUCUAUUUUUUUUCCCUUUUCCACACUGUGCCAUUUUCUCAGAUUGAAUGUGUUAUUGGAAAGUGCCUACUAAGAAUAAAAUUCC